UCUCUUCCACGUGUAAGGAUACCUUCCUCAUUUUUUCAGACUUCAACUAACUACUCACUCCAUCCGCCGAUCUAAUAUCUUUCUUCAUUCUACUAGCUAGCUAGCUAGCUAGCUAGCUAGCUAGGAUUUACUCUCCAUUUCUACAUUUCUAUUUAUUGAAACCAAAAAGAGUGAUACCAUGAUGAUGAUGACGCAGAUCCCCGUCUUGUUCCUUUCCCUUGGUUACCUUCAGCUAGGCAUUCAGGGAUUCACUCCCCCCAAUACCUUUUCCAGAACAAGCCCAUUGACUCCACUGUCGUUGUCUUCCCAACCGACCGAAGAACCUGAACUGGAUGAAGCAGAGAUUCAAUGGGAUUUAUUCCAAAAACACCACGCCAAAGGUUCAUGGAAGGGAAUCUGGACUACCUAUGACUACAUUGGAGAUGUCAUGGAUGAAACGGUUGCUUCCGUCAAUUACUACACACAAGACGGAACCGUCGAACAAACCCACAGCAUCGUCACGGGCGCCAAACGGUCCGAUUGUGCCACUUGCUUUGAUUCCAUGGACAUCAAGGAAUUCCCAGUCGCCAAAUACAACAAACAAACCGGAUUUUCCAAAACUCGAUUUGCCGCCAAUGCCAUGGUCAAUGGGCCGUCCCUCUUACGAUCGGGUGUCAUGGCCACCGAGCUCAUAUUGACUUAUGGAGAUGGCAGAGUCCGAGUCACCUUUCAACAUGCACCCGUAUGGGAACAGGGGGUUGAACCAGGAUCCGGUCCGCCUCAAGGAUUGAAAUUGGUGCGAACCAUGGUAUCGCGAGAAGCGCAACGAGAUGUACCACCCACGGCCGAAACGGAAGCUGCCGUUCCACCACAGACGGGCAACCCGACAUUUUAUCGACCUGUGCCUCCUUUUAAUUGGCACAAAAAGUGGGCGGGAUCCAGUUGGACGUGGGGACCACAGUCGGGAGAUAAAGGAUGGGCCAUUGAAGAUCUAGAAGAAGAAGAUGCGUGGCAAGGAAUUGCAACCGUAGAACGGUGGAAUUUGAGAUUACCAGGAGGAAUCUUCAUGCAGGCACCCAGAAUCAUUACCGAUUUUCAGGCCGAGCUUUGCCGACUGGCAUGGCUGCCAGACGAUGAAACUCUCCUGCGAGUAGAAGCAGGAUGUCUGGCCUUGCAGCCCAUGAUUAUGGAUGAUGAUCAGCUGGUCGGAUUCUAUCCGCCUUCCUUGGCUUCUUUGAGGUGUGAUGUUUUGAAAAAGAUUGGGGAACUGGAUCAAGUCCCUUCCUUUGUCAGAGAUCAAAUGGGAGAGAAUGAACUGAUCAAGCCAAAGGCUGAGGAGGCACCAGCCUCGCCACAGGCAGCAACACCAUCAGUUGACAACUCGUCAUCGCAAUCUGCCACCGAAGACGUAAAGAGUAGCAACAACCCGCCAGCAGCAAAAGCAACAGAUGUAAGCACAUCUGCGAGUGACUCCAAAGAUGCUACCAGCACACCACCCGAAAGCAAAGGUGACCAGAACGAUUCUGGUCUUGAUGCCAUCAGAGACGCUCUGUCCUUGUAACUAACACUAACAGUACCGGUAGAAACAAGAUCAUGUUACAUUACUUGUACUUGUUCUACAAAUGACUUUUUUUAAAAUCACUCAUACGUAUUCACAGCUGA